UUAAGUGGUUCCCUCGGCGCGGUCGUCCUGUUAAAACCAGCUUCUCGAGUCGCUUGCCCCGGCCUGGGCGCCUGUAGCGUCACGCGCCUCGGUUUCCCGGUCUCAUGGCGGGCCUGACCCUGUUUGUGCGCCACCUCCCGCCUUCGGCCCGCAGCGAGCAGCUGGAGGAGCUGUUCAGUCAGGUGGGGCCGGUGAAGCAGUGCUUCGUGGUGACUGAGAAAGGGAGUAAGGUAUGUCGAGGCUUUGGCUAUGUUACUUUCUCCAUGGCCGAAGAUGUUCAGAGGGCCCUCAAGGAGAUCACUACCUUUGAAGGUUGCAAGAUCAACAUCACUGUUGCCAAGAAAAAAGUGAGGAACAAAUCCAAGGAAAGUAAAAGACUAAAAAGAUUUAGACUCUUGCUGAAGAAGAACUUAAGUAGCUGGUGUUUCAUGUUUUUUUGCUGUGAUAUUUUUUUCUUUUUUCACUUUUGGCUUCAGUGUUCAGAAGAUGACUUGAAAAUGGUAUUUACUCAAUUUGGAACUGUACUAGAAGUGAACAUUCCAAGAAAGCCAGAUGGAAAGAUGCGUGGUUUUGCUUUUGUUCAGUUCAAAAAUCUCUUAGAAGCAGGAAGAGCUCUCAAAGACAUGAACAUGAAAGACAUAAAAGAUGUGCAAAUCUCAAAGACAAAGAAGAGGAAAUUACCCUCUGAUGUGAAUGAAGGGAAAACUGUUUUUAUCAGAAACCUGUCCUUUGACUCAGAGGAAGAAGAACUUGGGGAGCUCCUCCAGCAGUUUGGAGAUCUUAAAUAUGUCCGCAUUGUCUUGCAUCCAGACACAGAGCAUUCUAAAGGUUGUGCAUUUGUCCAAUUCAUGACUCAAGAAGCUGCUCAGAAAUGCCUCGCUGCUGCUUCUCCAGAGACUGAGGGUGGUGGGCUUAAACUGGAUGGCCGGCAGCUCAAGGUUGACUUGGCUGUGACCCGUGAUGAGGCUGCAAAACUUCAGACAAAGAAAGUGAAGAAGCCCACUGGGACCCGGAACCUUUAUCUGGCUCGAGAAGGCUUGAUCCGUGCUGGAACUAAGGCUGCUGAGGGUGUGAGUGCUGCUGAUAUGGCCAAACGAGAACGUUUUGAGCUACUGAAGCAUCAGAAGCUUAAGGACCAGAAUAUCUUUGUCUCCCAGACCAGGCUCUGCCUGCACAAUCUUCCCAAGGCUGUGGAUGACAAACAGCUGAGAAAGCUGCUGCUGAAUGCCACUAGGGGGGAGAAGGGAGUACGCAUCAAGGAGUGCAGGGUGAUGCGAGACCUUAAAGGAGUUCAUGGGAACAUGAAGGGGCAGUCCCUGGGCUAUGCCUUUGCUGAGUUCCAGGAGCACGAGCAUGCCCUGAGAGCCCUCCGCCACAUCAAUAACAACCCAGAAAUCUUUGGGCCUCUUAAGAGACCAAUAGUGGAGUUCUCUUUGGAAGAUCGAAGGAAACUUAAAAUGAAGGAAAUGAGGAUCCAGCGCAGCCUGCAAAAAAUGAAAUUGAAGCCUGCAACCGGUGAGCCUCAAAAGCAGAAGAAAGCACCCAUAAAAGAGAAGCAACAGAAGGCAGCUCAAAACUACUCACAGGAUCAAAACAAGGCUCCCCCAGGGCAGAAGGGGAAGGUGGGCUCCACCUCAUGGGCAGGGUUCCAGACCAAGGCUGAAGUAGAACAGGUGGAACUGCCCNAUGGAAAGAAGAGAAGGAAGGUCCUGGCGCUCCCCUCUCAUCGAGGACCCAAAAUUAGAUUGCGAGACAAAGGCAAAGUGAAGUCCCUCCCUCCUAAGAAGCCUAAGCCCCAGAUAAAGCAGUGGAAGCAAGAGAAACAGCAGCUUCAGCAACAGAUCAGAAAACACAGCCAGGGCUUUGUUUCCAGAAAGUUCAGUGUGUGGCCCAAGUGCACCUUGACCAUUGUCACCCAAGGCUCUAUGGAUGUUCCUAACCAGUUGGAAAAACUGCCCAUGUGGUUCCCUGAGUUGGACGGCAGCGUGAAGGAGUGA